AUGCAAAUGCCUGCAGAUCCAUCCAUUCGUGAAGAACAACGACUGAUAAUUCAUUCAUCCAAAUCGGAAUUACCGCCAACUCCGCCACCAGUCGAUGAAAAGUCGAAUCCUAGCUCACAACCUCUACCGACAGGAGCUGAUAUUUUGGAUAUUCAGUCAUUAAAAGAAGUUCCAACACGUAUGAUUAGCAACCGUGUUUCAGAGGACGACACGUUGAACAACGUUAUACUGCAGAAGCUGGGUUGCUUUCCGACUUGUUUUCAGUUCACGCUUCUACGACUCUGUGCGCUGUUUCUGUUAAUUGCUGCCUGGCUGACAAUGAUAUUCUUCCCUUGUGUUCAUCUCGAAUAUACCGAAAUUAAUCCGAAUAACUUGAGUGUAGCAAAUCGAAUCAGAGAGAUGAUCAAUGAAACAUGUCCUGCCGACCCGUUAUGGUGGAUUGAGGAGACAAUAUUUAUUAACGCAAUCAUCUCAAAAUCAUCAUAUUACAAAACCUUGAAUGAAACUCACGAACGACCUGAACAACAAUUCUAUAACUCGGAACGAUCUGCAAGUGAUGAUUUUAUGGAAGAAGCAAUGCUCGAUAUCGUUGAAAUUGCCUUAUUUCUCGUCUUCGCUGUUGUUGAGAUAAGGAAGCAAAUAUUUGAUUUAUGCACUGAUGCAAAAGUGGUGCCAUAUGGGAUGAUAACUGCUGGAAUUGUAUUCGUCAUACUCGCCAUAAUCUUCAGCAUCGAUUUCAUUAUUCUUCUCAAACAAUCAGAACGGUUGGAAGCGGAAAAGUUCGUAAUGAUGGCGAUAUCAUUGCAUCGUGAGAUGAAUCUUGAGGGAAUGGAUACUUCAAUACAGAGAGAAUUGGAGAAUAACAAACGAUCACCUGAAGAAAGUAAUCCAAUGAGAACUCAGCGAGACGAGACGGGACGGGAGCAGGAUGGUAGGGGAUGGUACAUGCUGAGUGUCUCGUUCGGUAAAUGA